AUGUCAGAUCUAUCGGCAAUCGAGCAGCACAUGGGACUCAAGAAUACAUCUAACCCGCAGAAAGUUCAGCCUGGUAUAUUUCCGGUUGAUCAGUUUCGUAAGCGAUUUUUCGGAUCCGGUGAAUUGUUGGCGGGUUCUUCUGGAGCACCGCCACCGCCACCGCCACCACCUUCUCGUCUUCCAGAUCCGCCGGACGCACCGCCGCUAUUCCCAGAGAUUGACAUAACUCUGGAGGAGGUAGAAGAGAUUUUAAACUCCUUCGAUACUCGCGAGGUCCCGCUGAUUGAUCCUGAACUUGACGGGAUGUUAUGCUUCAGAGGUGUAGACACUCGCAGGGACUUCACAAGCCAUCUCCACAAAGCACUGUCUGAGAAAGGUAUCGAUGCUUUCGUUGACGACCGAAUCGAGAGGGGGGAUGAGAUCUCGGAAGCCCUUGUGGAGGCCAUCCAAGGAUCUCAGCUGUCUUUGGUUGUCUUCUCUGAGGACUACACUUCAUCCGGAUGGUGCUUGGAAGAGCUCGUUCAGAUCCUUCGAUGCAGGAAAACAAUGGACCAAUUGGUUAUACCCAUCUUCCACAACGUCGAUCCUUCGCACGUACGGCGGCAAAAGGAGAGCUUUGCUGCAGCAUUUGAACGGCACGAAGAGAGAUACAAGGACAACAUGGAGAAAGUGAACAUGUGGAGGUCUACGUUACACGAAGUAGCCAAUCUUUCUGGUCAUAAUUCAUCAGAAUUCAAAGAUAUUCACAGAUCUGAUUCCAUGUUGGUCGACGCAGUUGUUAGAGAUACUCUCGAAAAGCUACGUCGCAUAUCUCGCAGACCAAACCCUAACAAUGGUUUAGUGGGAAUUGAUUCACGGAUGGAGAAGGUUAUGAGGUUGUUAGACUUUGGUGAAGAAGAUAUUCGCAUCAUGGGUAUAUGGGGAAUGGGUGGAAUUGGUAAGACCACUCUUGCUGAAGCUGUGUUCGACCAAAUCUCUGGCGAUUUCGAGGGCUCUUAUUUCUUCAAGAAUGUUAGAGAAACUGAAGAAAAGGGCGAUCUUGUUGAGAGGAGAAAUGAGUGUCUAUCUGUGAUUCUGGGGGAAAAUCUACGAAUAGGAACUUCUAUGCUACCGAGCUUUGUGGUUGGUAGGCUUCAUCGUAAAAGAGUACUGGUUGUGCUUGAUGAUGUGAACCAUCAGAGACAACUUGAAAUUUUGUUUAAAGGGCUCGAUGAGUCUAGUGAUGGAAGCCGUGUGAUCAUAACAACACGAGAUAAACAUUUGCUCAGCAUUUUCCCGAAAGACAAAGUAAAAGUAUAUGAUAUGGAGGGAUUAAACAAUGAUGAAGCAUUACAACUGUUUUGCCGCAAUGCUUAUGUCUCAGGCCUUCAGACUGAAGGUUAUGAUGAGCUCGCAAUGAAGGUGGUUCAUUAUGCUUCUGGCAUUCCUUUGGCACUUAAAGUCUUUGCUUGCUCUCUUCGGGGCAGGGGCAAACACGAGUGGGAAAGUGCCUUGAACAAGCUGGGGAAAGUUGCCAACAUGGAGAUUAGCAAUAUAUUGAAAGUUAGCUACGACGGUCUAGAAGACAGAGAAAUACAAAACAUAUUUCUUGAUAUUGCUUGUUUCUUCAAGGGGCAAGAUAAAGAUCACGUGAUCGGAUUGCUAGAUGGUUGUUAUCACGCUGCGUCUUAUGGGUUAAGUGUUCUCGAUGAUAAGGCACUUAUAAAUUUAAGAAGGAACAAGAUUGAGAUGCCAGAUCCGCUGCAAGAGCUUGGCUGGGAUAUUGUCAUACAAGAAUGUGAGUCAGAGCCUGGGAGAAGGACUCGACUGUGGAGACCUGAUGAUGUUCACCGUGUUCUCAAAAGAAAUAAUGGUACAGCGGCAGUCAAAGGUAUAUUCUUGGAUUUGUCAAAAGUAAUGAAGUUGAACAUAAGCCCGGAUGUCUUCGAGAAGAUGUACAAUCUCAGAUUCCUCAAAUUCUAUAACAACAAAGGGGUAAACACUAAAGUGUGUCUGCCAUGUGGCCUCGAAUCUCUUCCUGUAAGGUACUUGUGUUGGCCUGAGUUUCCGCUGAAGUGCCUGCCAUCUGAAUUUUGUCCUGAGAAUCUUGUUGAGCUUGACAUGAGACAUAGCAAUUUUACGCAGCCCUGGAGCGGUGCUCAGAAUCUGUGUAGCUUAAAGAGUUUAAAUUUGGCAUACUCGCUGGAGCUGAAUAAAUUGCCCAAUCUAACGAGGGCCACAAAACUAGAGCGGAUUAUUCUGCGAGGUUGCUGUCAGAUAGAUGAAUUUCCUGAGAGUUCAACAAAUGUUAAAGAAAUAGAUCUAUCUAGGACUGCAAUAGUAGAAGUGCCUUCUUCAAUUCAACAUCUCUCCAGGCUUGUGGAUCUAAAGCUGUAUAAUUGUAAGAGACUUCAGAAACUUCCAGAUACUUUGAGCAGUCUAGACAAGCUACCUCAUCUUAAUCUUACUAAUUGUGGGAGCCUUAGGUCUAUACCCAGUGGCAUUUGGAAGAUGCAAUCCCUCAAGGUCUUAGAUCUUUCUGAUUGCUCACAGUUGGAAGAAAUCCCACAAGUUUUGGAGCGCAAUGACUGCUUGGGAAGUAUUGAUUUGAGUGGAACAGCUAUAAGAGAGUUGCCCUCUUCAAUUUUUAAAGGCUCGUUAGACUUGAUUGUUUGCGGUUAG